CCGAGUUCUGGCACGAAAAUCGCUAAUUCUGAUUCUGUUGUGAGCGAUUUGAUCAAAUAUUUUUUAAUUCUAAACAAACGCAAUGAAACCUCAAUCGUCUCUUAUCCUCUCUCUCCUAUUCGCAGCCACUCUCUGUCUCCUACGCCAGGUUCCGGCCGUCGCUGCUGCUGAUGCUGGGACCUCCGUCAACGCCACUGCCAAUAGUACCGAGUUUAUCCGUAGUAGCUGUGUCAUUACUCUCUAUCCCGACGUCUGCUACGCUUCUCUCUCUCGCUACGCUAACGACAUUCAGCAGGAUCCAGCCUCGCUCACUCGCAUCGCCAUUACCAUCAGCCUUGCCAACUCCCGUAGAAUGGCUUCUUAUGUAUCCAACCUGUCUCACGUCGGCGACUACGGCGCCGACCACAGAGCCGCCUCCGCGCUUCACGAUUGCUUCACGAACUUCGACGACGCCGUCGACGAGAUUCGCGGCUCGCUCAACCAGAUGCGCCAGAUCAACGACGUCGAUGUGCCGUCGUUCAGGUUUCAAAUGAGCAACGUGCAGACGUGGAUGAGCGCUGCGCUUACGGAUCAGGAAACAUGUACGGACGGAUUCGAAGAUGUGGCCGAUGGACCGAUGAAAGCGGACGUAUGCGCAAAGGCGGAGAAGGUGAAGAAGCACACCAGCAAUGCCCUAGCGCUAGUGAAUAGCUUCGUCCAGAAAAGGAUUCCGUGAUAUUCAAUCGGUAGGUUCCUGAAUUGUUCCGAGUAUAGUUGGAUUGGAUGAGAAUCUGAAAUCUCUGAAAAUUAUAUCAAUAGUUUGGUUCUGUAUUUAAGUAAUAGUGUGUGAAAGAAAGAGAUGUAAAUUUUUUAGUGCAGAGAGAAACUGAAAUUUUCUUUUGCUUUUUGGUUUUUGUUUUGAUUUUGCUCUUUCUUUUUCUGCAAGUUUUAGUGGUGGUUGUGUGCCUGUUGUACUGCUCUCCUCUGCUCUGCUUUGCUGGUUCCUUCUUUCAUAGUUCCAGAAUGAAAGAAAGAGAAGGAAGCAAUUCGCAUUUUGUAUUAUAUGUUAAUAGUUUAAUGCUUCUUCUUCUUCCAUCUUCA